AAUGCGCGAUGCUGGAUAUCAUAUUAUACUGGAUAUGUUGGCUGUUUUGGGCGGGUCUUCCGACACUUACUGCCUACCCUGUAUCGUCUUCGAUACGGACAGAUUUGCCAUAUACUUACGCUUCAACAAAAUGGGAACGUUAUUGGAUACAAUAUACACUUGGUAUUUUAAGUGUAACUGCAACAGCAUUUACUUUAGUUGGAUGUCUCUGUUGUCGAAGACCUAGAAGACCUAAAGGAUUUCAGGAAUUCAAAGAUGGAAACAAUGUUGGACAAGAAUCAGUAUUUGAACAUUCUGUUGAUGGUUUAGAGUUAAAUGUUCCACAUAUGUUAGCUGUUGCAGACAGAGUACAAUUUGAACCUUUGCCUGUAGAACAUAUUAUAUCUGGACCUAAAAAUGUUUCAAAACUUAAACCAUUACCAUUAUCAACAUCAUGUUUUGAAGAACAUGAUUCCAAUUCUAAUACUCUCCCAGAACAUUGUCGUGAAUGGUUUGAUGCACAAGAUUUAUGUGUGCCUAGGGAAAAAUUAAAAUAUUUAAGAGAAAUUGGACAUGGUUGGUUUGGGAAAGUUGUAGAAGGUCGUGCAGAUUUAGAAGGACAUAAAAGAACUUCCAAAAAUGGUGGUGUUGUUGUGAGAAUUCUUACUGAAGAAGCUACUAUAAAGGAAAAAGCUUGGUUUCUUGGUGAAGCUACUCCAUAUUUAAAAUUACAUCAUCGAAAUAUCUUAACUCUAUUAGGAUUUUGCUUAGAAACUGACCCAUAUCUAUUACUAUUUGAAUCAUGUUCAGUAGGUGAUUUUAAAGGUUUCCUAUUAUCAAAUCGUGAUAAAAAAUCUCAAGAAGCACUUAACAAAGAAAAUAUUCCAAUUCGAAUGGCACUGGAUAUUGCUACUGGUUUAAAACAUAUGCAUAGUCAUGGAUUUGUACAUACAGAUUUAUCUGCCAGAAAUUGUUUAGUGACAUCAGACUUAUCAGCAAAAUUAGGAGAUUAUGGCACUGGUGUAGAAAAAUAUCCUGAAGAUUAUUAUGUGGUUGGAGACCGUGCAUUGCCUAUUAGAUGGUCAGCACCAGAGAGUGUAGAAUGUACUGAUACCACUAUUGAGACUAGAGAAAUUACAUCUCAGGCAAAUAUGUGGAGUUAUGCUAUUUUUCUUUGGGAAAUUAUUACAUGGGGAAAUAGACCAUACCAUGAUAAGAGUGAUGAACAAGUAAUUCAAAUGCUCUUAUCUCUAAGAACUGAUCUUUUAUCAAAUGGUAUACAAGUGUUGCAAACAUACCUAGAAAACUGUCCAUCAAACAUAUAUCAAGUAAUUCAUUUAUGUUUGAAUUUAAAUUCACAGAAAAGACCAAAUUUGGAUGAGGUAAAGCAACUUCUUUUAAAUGAACAUACAGAAUAUGUGGAUUUUGAACAAAGAUGGGAGAGUUUACGAGUUAAUACUAAACAUGUUCGAAGUGCUAGUUUACAAGAUCUUCGAGGAAGUAUCGAUUCAGAUUAUUGGACUACUAUUGUCGACGAUACCCCACGGCAAUCAUCAUUUCGGCUCGGACCAGGUGAAUUAGUAAAAAAUGUACCAACUGUUAAAAAUAUUGUUCAACAUGAAUCUAGUUCUGAAACUGAAGAAGAAAGUUGGAAAGGACGAAUUGAACAAGGAGUAUAUACUGAAAAAGUAAAACAAAAAUCUAAAUCUGUUACUGAUUUAAUGGUACUUGUACAUAUCGAUUUUGAUUCUGAUGCAGAAUUAUCAAUGGGAGCUCAAAUGUCAGAAAAAUAUGGAAAGAAAAAAUUGCCUACUACUGGUAGCGAUAGUGACAUUAGACAUAGUACUCAUACAGAUGAAUUUGAUGAAGCAUUAAGAAAAUUACGGGAUCCUUUGCCAAGUAAUACUUCUAGUAAGUUCAAAAUUUUAGAUGUUUCAGAAAGGCCAAAAGUGCUGACAUUAACUAUGGAUCAAACUCAAACUCCAAUUUUGAGGUUAUCUUUAAAUGAUAAGGAAUCUACUACUAUGCAUACUGACACUGCAUCUGUUGCAAAUGUAACUACAGAAACACGUAAUGACAAACAUGUACUGAGACUUUUAUCAAAGGGAAAUCCUGAUCUUCCUCUUCUACGUUAUGUACCUGAUGAUACAUCUCCUUUUGAAGCAUUGAAGCAAAAUAAUAAGUCUCAAUGUAAUGAUAUAUUUAAGCAUGAAAACAGUGACAAUACUUGCAUUUCUGAUAAUUUUUCAAUUAAUUUUGAAACAGAUGAAAACAACUUAGUUGAUGUUGAACUUUGGAAUCAUGCAUUGGAUUCUGCUUUAGAAAAAAAAGUACCUGGUUUUUUGGAUGAAGGUGAAUUUAAUGAAUAUACAGAAUCUUCAAUUAAACAACAAAGUAAUACUACACCAGAAUUAAUUGUAACUGCUGUAUCUACACCAGAUACACCACAAUCUAGAAAAUACUGUGCUUAUAAUGCAGAUGAUGAAUUUUCCAAUGGAGAAGAUACAGACAUAGACCGAAGAUGUUUACCAAAUGAAGAUGAAGAAGAAAGAAAACAAUUAUCUACCCCAGAUGAUGAGCAGAGUUCUGAUUCUGGAUUUAGAGAUAAAGAAUCUUGUGAAGAAGAAGAGAACGUUUGUCCUUCAGCCCCUUCCACUUCUACUUCUGUUAAUGAUUCUACAGUGAAUGUGCCAAUAUGUACUGAAAAAGAACAAUUACAAAUUUUGUUUGAACUGGAUACCAUUCUUGAUGCAGAGUACUAUGCAACACUUCAAGGGUCUGAAAAAAUGUCAGAAAACUUAUAUUCAAUUAAUCAUGCAGAAAAUAAAGUUCUUUGUACAAAUGAAGAUGAAUCUGAUUCUAUUCAUACUAUAGAUACUGUAGUUGAAACAGAAUGUAAUGAAAAUUGUACUUUUAAUAAUAUUGAAUUAAAAAAUUUAAAUGAUAUUGAUUUUGAUUCUCAACAAAAAGAUUUAAAUGAAAAAUUAAAAUACAGUAUACAAAAUAAACAUGAAAAUGACAGUGAAGUUGAAAAUAAAAAUGAAAUUGUACAUGAAUAUACAAAUGUAAGUGAAAAUAAGCAUGAAAAAGAAAUUGAAAAUGUGAAUGAAAAUGAAAUUGAAAAUAAAAAAGAAAGAACAAAUGAAAAUGAAAUAGAAGACGAUAAUAGUUCCACAAUGAGUUUACAUAAUGAUAAUUUUUAUGUAUCAUUUGAUAUAGAAGAAGAGUUGGUAACAGCAAUUCGAAAUGAACUUAGAGAGAAGUUAUCCUGUGCUCAGAUGUCUAUUAUAGAACCUGUAGAAGCUCACGACGAUGAUAAUCCAUCUGUAUCUAGUGAUAUAGACAGUAAACAAUGGGAUGAUGAUGAUAGUGAAGAAUCUUCUAAUCAAGGUAGUGGAGGAGUGGGUAUUUCAAUAAGGUAUAAUGUAUAUGGCACUCCACUUAGUCCAAUUCAAGAAGAGCGAGAAAGUACUCUUACCUCGGAGUCUUUGAUAUCAAAUUCUAGGGAUACAUCAAUUGCUUCAAAAGAAUCUGUUGCUUCGGAUGAUGUAUUAUUAGUCGAUACUCGGACAAAUAAAAUGAUCUUAUUAGAAGGAUUAGGAGAAAAACUACAAGAUGAUGAACGAGAUACAACUAAUGGAGAUCUUUCUGAAGAAGAAAAUUUGGAUUAUAGUUGUUCGGUAGUUCGUUCUCGUGAUGAUAAACCGCAUAUUAUGAUUACGAGUGGAGGAGCACCUUUGCCAAGUCCAGAGGAAGAAUCUAAGUGGCAACAGUUACCUUCAUCUUUUCCGUUACCAUUGCCUUUACCAUUGGAAGAUGAUUUGAUGUCAACAAGCUUUGGAACAGAACAUGGAUGGGGUAGUCAAGAUGAAGAUGAAGAAGAGGAGGAAGAAGAAGAUGAAGAAGAAGAAGAUGAAGAUAAUAGUUCUAGUUCUGGAGAAUUUGUUUGGAAGCGAUAUAACGAACCACAUGUUGAACAAAUUCAAAUUCGAAGCAGUUUAAGUAACAAUGAAGAAAUAGUAGUAGAUGUUGAUGUUCAAGAUGAAAUUGAUCCAGAAGAGGAUGCAGCAGAAGAGGAGGACGAGGAAGAAGAAGAAGAAUUUACACCAUCAGCUUGGAAUGCAACUUUAGCGCCUCAUCGUUCCGCAUUAAGAUCUCCAGAUAAAACAUUAAAAUCUAAUGAUGAAUCGGAUCAAAAGAAGAGUGUAUGGUUUAAAAAACAACGCUAUCACUGUGUGUAUGAAUAUCCAAAGGAAACAUUAACUACGGAAACACAAGGAGAAACAACUACUACUUGGGAACCAACUUCAUAUAGUGAUUGGGAGGAAAUGAUCGACGAACCACGAUUAGAUCUGUAUCCUCUUGACUAUGAUGAUGCCAAUCAUACUGCAAAUGAGGAGUUUUUUGUGAGCAGUUCAAGUCGUCCAUUUCAAACUAGUGACAGUAAAUAUGUAAGUCAAUUCUUUCCUGGUGCUUCUACGUCAAUAAAUGAGGAACGAGACGAAAUAGAUGGUGUACAGCGACAGGGAGUACCACAAAAUGGGAUAGAAUUGUUAACUGAUUGUGGUCAAAGCCAACAAUAUCAAUUAGGAGAAUUAAGACAUACUAGAGAUCGUCUAAAAUUGAAUUUGUCUACAAAUGGUGCACCCUUUGUUUCUGUCAAACAAGCGAAGGAGGAUAAUAUAGAGCAAUCGCACGAUAAAGAAAAAAUAUCAGAAUUAUCGCAAAGUAUAGACAGUACACAGGACCAACAUAUUUUAUCAAACUCCUUGAAUUACAAUACGUUACCAACGGUGCCUCCCGAAAACAUUCAACAAGAAAAUAGUCUUGAUCUGACUUCUUCAAAAAGUGCCCAAUGUGAUAACCAAGAAAAAAUCGAGCCUAUCGACAAGUGUAGUGUUUUGACUCAUGACUAAUGUGUUUCGAAAACAAUAGUAAAAUGUUAAAAAAGAUAAUUUAGCUGAAGU